CGCUCUCUGUCUCCUACGUCCUCGUCUCCCAACAUGUCUCCUGAGGUCAAAGGUCGCAGAGCAGAGAGUGACAGUGGGUCACCUGCAGGGUCCAUGCUGCAGCUGCAGGCCGGACGCAAGAUCAGCACGAGCCUGCAGCAUUUCCACCGACCAGAUAACGGCGCCAACAUCUACAGGAAGCCUCCCAUCUACGUACAGGACGUUAACAAACACGCGGAAGGCCGCGGGGUCAUUCAGUCCGCCAAGUUUCCUGCCGCUCAGCCUCCAGACCCCAACCAGCCCUCCAAGAUCGAGACAGAGUACUGGCCCUGCCCGCCCUCGCUGGCUGCCAUGGAGAUCGAGUGGAACAAGAAGAAGCUGCAGGAGGAAGAUGAGUUUGAGGACUUGACAGAAGAAGCAAAGACCCUGCAGGAGCAGGAGCUGGAGAAGAUCAAGUCCAACCUGGGCCGUCUGAUCCUGAAGGAGGAGAAGGAGAAAGGCGUCCAGUUCAGGAGGAAGACACAGUCGCUGCCUGACAGAACACACAUGCACGGCAGUUUGUCAGCGAGUGCAUCCAAGUCUCCCUCACGCUCCGGCCUGACCAGAAUGCAGUCUGCAGAUUUUUCCACAGAUGAAGAUAAAGGUCGACCAGCUGCUCAGAACGGAGAGUCUCGGAGGGAGCGCAUGGACAGAGGCAACUCUCUGCCGAGCAUCCUGGAGCAGAAGAUCUAUCCGUAUGAAACGCUGAUCGUGACCCACAGGGGGCGCUGUAAGCUGCCUCCAGGAGUGGACCGCACCCGGCUGGAGAGGCAUCUCUCCCCGGAGGACUUCCAGAAACUGUUCGGGAUGACCAUCGCCGAGUUUGACCGCCUGUCGCUGUGGAGACGAAACGAACUGAAAAAGAAAGCCUCGCUUUUCUAACAGCAAGUGACCUCACUCCCGGCAUUAUACUUGAUGGCGCGCCUCCUCUAUAGGAGCGGAGGCGACAACAAACAGGCCAUACCUUUAGAUAUCCAGUCAGCAAAUACUUUGUGUGUUUCAUCUCUAUGGUAACUGACCAACCGUGGGCCCAGGUGUGCUGGUUCCUCCUGGAUCAGAGCCUUGUUGAGGAUCGCCAGUUCUGGUCGACUCCAACUAACCUUUACUGAUGCACAUAAUACAAAGUGCUGCACUUAUAACCCACACGGCUUGCAAACCAUCACUAUUAUAUAUCUGCUCACCCAUCAUCAUCACCAUCAUCAUCAUCUACAUUCCUGUGUGUUUUAGUCUCACAGAGAUCCACCUCCAGAGUUGGACAUCUUGAAGAGAGAUCUGCAGGUCGGCUCAUGUUUCAGGGCAAACUCAGGUUUUCUGGCAUCAUGAAGCUGCUUCUCUUAGCUCUGAUUGGUCGUUAGCAAUCUGGGUCUGACUCUGAACCUGUAUGAUUUUCUAAUAGGACCCUAAGAAGGACAGAAUAAAUGGAUGUUUAUUAAUAAUCACAUUAAAAUUGAUCAGAAAAUCUCCCCUUUAAACAUCAGCUCUUCUGAUCUUUGAGAGGUGUUAUCAGGCAGUUGCCAGAGUGUCAAAUCAACGUUGGAAGAUCAUUAGACACAGAGGAUGCUGGGUGGAGUUUGAUAGGGGUCUGUUUGUGUGUUUGCAUAUGAGUGGACCUAUUAUACAGUCUGACAUUCGGGUGUCACAAUGGCUAAACCAACAAACAAACAAUAAACAAUGACAACAAGA